AUGGCUAAUAACGACAAUGGAGUUACGGUCUCGUCAGAAAUAUCUGUGGGAAGGGAGGGACAGGGACAAGUGGCGGUUCUUAGCAAUGUCGUCGAUUUGACGAAUGAAGGAGCUCAAAUUCAGAACACCACUGCGCCUUCAACAGUUGCAUCGUCUAGAAGCACGCAUGAAGAAACAGAGAAGGGAAAUACGAGUUCGAAUAACACUACAAGUUCGACAAACUUGGCUACGGGUUCUACUGGACCGACAGUUGAUUCCUCUGUUCCUCUGCAUACAAAGCCAACUUUUAUUCACCUGGGCUCAGGUUCUACGGUAACGCAGCCUAAACGGUUCAGCGCGGUCAAUAUCAACAAGAAAUUUCUCGAGAAAACAUCCAACACCCUUCCUACGGCCUCGUCUACUAGUUCAUUAAAGACAGGACUUUCAACUUCCAGGCCCAACAUUACUCCUUCUACUUCUCACCCUCGCCUGAUCACCACCAAGCUCACUGCAAACCCUCAGUCGUCCUCCAGUCCAGGGCCUGGUUGGUCUCGACCCUCCUCUGUUACACCCCCAGCGGCGCCCAAUUCAAAUUCAACAACACCCAAUGGUACCAAAAAUCCUGCACAAACCAGUUCUACAACGGCAGCAAACAAUUUAGCGUCGGUAGCGCCACAACUCCUCCUUGGCGGCAAGGUCAUCCAGCCUCAACCACGUUCCGCUGUCCAUUCUACUAGUAUCCCGAAGGGUAACACGUUAUCAGGAGGGAAUUCAAACAAACCAGUAUGGGGGAACGUGAAGGCAGGUGUGAGCGCUGCACGUGCUAUUUCCAGUGACUUCCCUACCGCUGCGGAGGUUGCGCAAGGCACUUCAAGUCGACUAGGAAAGAGUACUGAGAUGAAGGAAUUGGAAGCAGCCAGUAAGCAGGCUCGCUUGGAAGAGGCCGAUACAUUUCGCGGUGUGCAUCUGGAUCCAAAUGCACAUCAUUGGGAUGAGAUGGAAGAAGACGACGACAAUUUUCUUGACGGUGUUAUCGAAUUUGGAGACGGUCGCCAGUAUAAUGUCGACACGAACCACACCCACACCCCACCUAGUGAAGAGCUUACUCCACCUACCACUUCGGUCUUGGGCGUGGAAAGGGAAGACAGGUCCGUCGAGAUCUCCAAUGAGCCCGUGAGCAAAGAGGAGCGUUUUGUAGAUGAUUUCGACCGCAGUUGGCCGCGGACGGGACUAUCAUCAAGUUCGGCAGCCACAACAUCAGAGACUUUUACUCGCUUACCAGCUUUGACAACUCAGUCAGAAUUUUCAAAGGUUUUGUUCAAUGAGAGAUCCAAUCGGUUAGAGCCAUACAGCAAUACUCGACCGUCCCAGUUCAAGCGUGUACAUCAACCCGACCAGUCCACAACCGAACCCCACGUCCCUCGAACAUCAUCUGCUCAUACAUCUGGAAUCCAAGGCGUACAGGUUCUACAAAAGCUAUCUGGUAGUGACGGAUAUAUUCAUGGUCGGGGAUAUAGCGCGAGUCAGGCUUCGGCAGAAAAGCGUCGAGAAGCUCAACAUUCUCCGGCCAGCCCACGUCCAGGUUCAACCAAUCUCCCUUUGUCCUCAUCAAUAUCUUCAAGGACAUUGGAUGGGGAACAUCGGGGUCGACAGCAGUCGGUUAUGGGGCCACCACCAGUUCCUUCCUACGCUACGCGUGAUUCAAAGGAUGCCAGUCGACAGUUGCCCCCUCACUUGUCUCAUCCUUCUCUCACAGAUUUUGCUUCAUCUUCGUUUGAUGGAAAUGAUCGACGCGCAUCCUCCCGUGAAUCUCGCUACAGUACUCAUUCCGGUCAUCCUCCAACAUCGUCUGGCCCUGCGUCAGCUAGACCGUCGUCGCAAUCGCCCUCGCUAUCUCAUGCAUCUGCAGCAGCUCCUGCAACUUUAUCGCCAAUUGCUGAUCCCACGAUGUUACAUAUGACAGCCGCCGAAUUGGAGGAUGUAAAGAAAGACCUGAUGCAUAAUGCUGCCGCUCGGGCCAAACAAAGACGACAGCAGGAAGAAGAGGAAAGAGAACGUGAAAAGGAACGGGCGAGGCUGAAAGCUAUAGAGCUAGAACAACGUUUGGCUGAGAAGACACGGGACUCGUCUGGAAUGCACACACAGAAUGAUACGGCAGUUCAGAUUAUCGAGGAAUUCAUUACAGAAGCAAAGGAGGAGAAUAUGCGUUCCGGUACGGAAAAGCCCAUUCCACCUCAAUCUUUUAGAAGCGUGCCUUCACGAGACCAGCCAGGUUACUCAAGGCGUGGUUCAUUCUCGCGUUUAGCCGGUGCCAUCCCUGUUGCGUCGGAUGUACCCUCCACGACGUCAGUGGAAUCCUGGCGGAAGAGGCCUUUGCACCAUACACCACCCGUGACUCAUUCUCGUAAUGCUUCAUUUGCCUCCCAGCUACCAUCCGCUUUGGACCAUGCACAGUCACUGGCAGAUGAUCCCGAUGUCGAGUUGGAAAUUGUCGACUACUCUGAGCUGGGCAGAUUCGUGGGAGUGGAACAACCGGAGGACAUGAAAAAUUCGCCAAUAAUGGAGUCGACCGAAAUCCCGCGCAGACCUGUUGCUAGCGAUUUCUUUGAGGAAGACACCUUGACGACCUCACCAGGAUCUACGAAGCUGUCUGAUGGCAAGGCCUGGAGAAUGAAGGACAAGGCAGAGGAACCUGGGAAGCAGUCGUCAGCCAGUUCAUAUGAUUCACCACCAACACUUUCCACGGCAGAGGUCGAGGCCCCCAUCUUGACACAUCCUUUCGCAAGGGAAAUCAAGGAGACGACGCUUGAGCAUCCCUCCACUUCUCUGCCUUAUCCUACUCGCUACCAACGACAUGCUUACAAAGAGGCAACAAUGUCUGCGUUGGAUAAUGCGAUGUCGAGGGUUAAGGAAGCACUGGAUGGCAUUCAAGCUGGUGAAAAAGAGCACAUUUUACAUGCAGAGACGGAUGCAUUCGCUAAGCGUACUGUAGCGUUACCCGGUCAUUCGAUGUCAACGAAGGACCUUCAGGUAGCGCAAUUCUCCCGACCUUAUGCGCUCGAUCCUGGACCUACGGAGAAUUUCCUUCUAACGUCCACAGAACCACCUCGUUCUCCAGAACCCGCCUGGAACCAGUUCCAGGUGAGGCUGCCAAGGAUAUUAAACGUGCCAUCAACGCCAAUUGAGAGACGGCAAUUACAUCUGUUCAGUAAAUUUGACAGAGACACGAGAUGGCAGGAAUUGUUAUCAUUCACACCUCCUGUGAGAGGCAUGAAUCGGAAAGACCUCUCGUUAAACGAAGUACUGUUCCGGAGAGAUUUUAUUUCGAAAUUCAAGGGAAGACCCAAGUACCGAGUUUAUCUUCCAAAGGGUCUGUCAUCACCGUUUGCGAACAACAAUGGUGCGCGUCCCCGUACUUCUCUCAGAACGCCCGCCCCAGGGGCCUUUGGGAAGCCCACAGUCGCUGACGAGGCUUCGACAUGGAGGAAACGCUCGGCGGAUGCUUCUACUGCGUCGACGCUAGACACGACUAGUCGUUCACCACCUCCAGUUCCUUCGGAAGUGUCCAUCGUGGGUGUUUCACUUGAAACAACAAAGGAAGAAACCUUUAAAGAAAACGUGGGUGCCGGUAGCUCGAGGACAAGGUCGCAGCCAAAAAUGCCUGUUGGUUCCGGAGUGGCCUUCUAUCGUGACUCGCAGAUAGUGGAAGUUGAUUCCAAGUCUAAGCCCGCUGUCAGUUUCUUUGCCAAUGAUGCCGGCAUGUCCCAUGCUGUAGAGGAAGUUGAAACAGACUGUUCGACCGUGAGCGGAGUCGCGACUGUUUCCUCCAUUGGAAGUAAAAUCCCCUCAAUUGACAUGAAGCGGUUGUCUCCUUCUGCCUCUCCGAACCAAGUCAAGUACAACCUCCCAGCCCUGGUUAACAGUGCCAAGUCGGAUAGUAAAAGUUCAGAGGACUCUCCCGACCGUGUGCCUAUCACUCCCCCAUCGCACCACGGACCCACCUGGUCAAGGUCAUCGUUGUCUCUGCCUUUGAAAGACUCUCCUGUACGAGCACCAGAUCCUGAACAUCUGAAAGCUGUCUGGUCGCAAGCUUCAAAUAAAUCCGCGCUCCAUCCUGUGAACUCAUUGGAAGGGAUAGCAGACGAUUUGACUGCGUUACCUUUCACUCUAUUGGAUGUCAAGUCAGAGGACGGGGAAACCCCUCCACCUACAAUGUCAAUGGCUCCUUCGCGUAUGUCUCUUCACGAUGUAACAAAAGCUUUUCAACAAGUCCCUACCUCUUCGUUAAACAUCAACUCUCACCGGCCCACUAUAUCCCCCCCUUCAACUUCUGCGCCAGUAGCCAGGCCCCCUCAAGGAUUUAACUACUCUGUUCCCAGUCCUUCUGCACAGAAUAUGCGCUCGGCCUAUCCCUAUCACCAUUCUCCGCUUAUGAGUCACUCGCCUGCACCCGUCUUAUUUCCACACCCAAUGAAUGGAAGUCCAGUGCCCACCCGGAUGCCUGUUAAUGGACAUACGCCACUCUUCAGUCCAGUUUGGAUGCCCGUACCUAAUGCUGGAGGUCAACCCCCUGGUGCUAUGAUGAGACCUUCUGUCUCGUAUCCUCCACCAAUGUAUCCUUCUCCAGCCCCUCAACCAUUAUAUGGCAUGCCACCAAAUAUGCAGAACUCCACAUCAGGACCUCAGCAAGGUGGACACGUCAACCGCGGCCGCGGUAAUGGAUCGAUCAUAAGUCCCGUAAUGCCGCAUGCAGGGUCUGUGUCCGCAAUGCCCAUGUAUACUGGAAGUCCAGUUAUGAUGCCCGCCCAUCCUGGUCGACCACCCAUGAGAAAUGAGAACCAUCAUCACCCCUCAAUACCCCAACAUCACCCUUCAACGGCUCACCAUCCGCCACCCCCUACCCAAUCGUACCCUACCAUGGCUGGUGCCCCUUCAUUUGGCGGCGUUAGACCAACAUGGUGA